AAACCUCGCCCCAUUUCCAUCGGGAAAGGGGUUCUUACAUUGACUUUGUCUCGGCCUGUCUCACUCACUUCACAAGACGGGGAGAGACCAUCUCCCUCGCAAUAAUACACUAAGCAGCAGCAUGGAUCAAUAGUCGCUGUGUGGUGUAGCUACUUAAACUAACCAUUAAACAUAGUUAAUACAAUCUCCAAUUACAGUCAAUGCUCACACUGACAGCUGUUUCCUGAAACGAAUCCGUGUUUUCCUAAUAGAGUCUUUUAUUUUUCCUUGUUAAUGUCUUUUAAGUGAGAUAGAUUGUGACUGCCUCCCUGUAACUGAAGCGGAAGAAGAAAAGAUGAGAGGAGUCGGAGUGACCUCCCCUAGUUCUAGUUCUGCAGAGCCCAGACACCGACCCUCUGCUUUUAAUGAAGAUGCAAGCAGAAGGAGGUUCUUAAGAGGUAGGGAUCUUAGAGAUGUUGAGAAGGCCUUCCAGGUUCCCAUCCAAUAUAAGAAUUUGAACUGCAAAAUAUCUACACUGAAAGUUGUGCUCUUAAUAAUUGCUUUUGGAACCUUGGUGACAUUCUAUCAUUCUCCAGUAGUUUAUAUUGCAGACCAGCCAUCCACUUCUGGAUCUCGGCCAAGUUUUGUUGAUCGAUGGACAAGAGAUGGUGCUGCCAUGGAUCCACGCUAUAUCUCUAAUUUAGACGUUAACUGGGACCAGAUUUCUGAUAUUAUUGUUAAACUAGAUGACAGCAAUGAGUAUCAGGGAAUUGGCUUGUUAAACUUCAAUGAAAGUGAGAUUAAUAAUUGGAAGCUGAUGUUACUGGAUGUUGAGCACGUUGUUCUGCAUCUAGAGCAUGUAGCGGAAGAUGUAACUUGGGAAUCCCUUUACCCUGAAUGGAUAGAUGAAGAGGAAGAAUUUGAGGUUCCCACUUGUCCUGUUCUGCCCAAACUUAAAGUUCCUGGCAAGCCACGCAUUGAUAUAAUUGCCGUGAAGCUUCCAUGCAACAAGUCAGGGAAAUGGUCAAGAGAUGUGGCUCGUUUGCACUUGCAGCUUGCGGCUGCAAAUCUUGCUGCUUCUGCUAAAAGUUAUCAUCCUGUGCGUGUGCUUUUGGUGACUGACUGCUUCCCGACCCCAAAUCUUUUCACUUGCAAGGAGCUUAUUUGGCAUGAAGGGAAUUUAUGGAUGUAUCAACCCAACCUCAAUGUGUUGAGAGAAAAGAUACAACUCCCAGUAGGGUCAUGUGAACUUUCAGUUCCUCUCAAGGCUAAAGAACAUUUUUACUCAGAAAGAGCACACCGGGAAGCAUAUGCAACGAUUCUGCAUUCUGCACACUUUUAUGUUUGUGGGGCCAUUGCUGCAGCUCAGAGUAUCCGCAUGGCAGGUUCAACACGGGAUCUUGUGAUACUUGUUGAUGAAACAAUUACUGACUAUCAUAGGGAAGGCUUAACAGCUGCAGGUUGGAAAAUCCAUACAAUCCAAAGAAUCAGGAACCCAAAAGCUGAACGAGAUGCUUACAAUGAAUGGAACUACAGUAAAUUUCGUCUUUGGCAAUUGACAGAUUAUGACAAGAUCAUCUUCAUUGAUGCUGACAUGCUCAUACUUAGAAAUAUCGAUUUCUUGUUUGAGAUGCCAGAAAUAUCUGCUACAGGAAACAAUGCUACCCUGUUCAACUCUGGUGUGAUGGUGGUUGAACCAUCAAAUUGUACAUUCCAGCUGUUAAUGGAUCAUAUCAAUGAGAUUGAGUCCUACAAUGGCGGGGACCAGGGAUAUCUAAAUGAAAUCUUCACGUGGUGGCACCGGAUUCCUAAACACAUGAACUUCUUGAAACACUUUUGGGAAGGUGACGAGGAGGAGAAGAAACAGAUGAAAACUCGACUCUUUGGAGCUGAUCCGCCAAUCCUUUACGUUCUCCACUAUCUGGGCAAUAAACCAUGGAUAUGUUUCCGAGAUUAUGAUUGCAACUGGAAUGUGGACAUUUUGCAGGAGUUUGCUAGUGAUGUUGCUCACAAAACAUGGUGGAAGGUGCAUGAUGCCAUGCCAGGGAACUUGCACAAGUACUGCUUGCUUAGGUCCAAGCAAAAGGCAGCGUUAGAGUGGGAUCGGAGGCAAGCCGAGAAAGCCAAUUACACUGAUGGUCAUUGGAAGAUUAAGAUAAAAGACAAACGCUUGGAAACCUGCUACGAGAAUUUCUGCUUCUGGGAGAGCAUGCUAUGGCAUUGGGGUGAAAAGAAUUGGACAGAUAAUGCAACUGUUACUCCAUCACCGCCAGCUGUUACAACUACAUCUCUCCCCUCUUUGUGAUUGGUCAAUCCACUAUCUCAUACUUACAAUUUAUGUAGAUGGUACAAAGUUCAAUGUAUUGACAUAAAGUGAUUUUAUGAGAAAUUGUAGUGACAAAUUGAGAGUCAAGUGGUGUUGCUAUAAGGCAUUUUUAUCUGCUUGAGCG